CGCGCGUGCACGAGCACAGUCAGGCGAAGCGCGCGUGCACGGUGGGAGAACCCGCUUCCAGCAAGUGCGCUGAACUUUGAUGUCUCGCGCACCAGGAGAGGAGAGCGGAGAGAAAAGAGGAGUGCAGAGAGGAGUGCAGAGAGGAGUGCGGCUGUAAUGGGCCGGAUAUGAGCGCAUUCCACACACGCGGAUAAUGGCAUGGAGCAGCAGAGCGACUCUGAUCUCCGCCGCGCGCCUCUUUAUUCCGUGUUUGAUCUGCGCGGUGGUUCCGCUGAGAGCGCGAGCGCCAGUCAGCGCCGCCCCGGGCGGAUUCAGCCUGACCCCGCCGUACUUUAACCUGGCCGAGGGCUCGCGCAUUUCCGCCACGGCGACCUGCGGUGAGGAGGACAGCGGCAACCCCAGGAGGGAUCUCUACUGCAAACUGGUCGGGGGGCCCACGCUGGGAUUCACCAGCCAGAAUAUCCAGGGGCAGUACUGUGACCACUGCAAUGCCAAUAACCCUGAGAAAGCCCACCCAGUGAACAAUGCCAUCGAUGGCACAGAGCGCUGGUGGCAGAGCCCACCUCUCUCAAGGGGACUGAGGUACAACGAGAUAAACGUCACUCUGGAUUUGGGUCAGCUUUUUCAUGUCGCUUACAUCAUCGUGAAGUUUGCCAACUCGCCACGACCAGAUCUGUGGGUGCUCGAACACUCCGUCGAUCACGGCAGGACCUUCAUGCCCUGGCAGUAUUUUGCACAUUCAAAACAGGAUUGUAUUGAAAGGUUUGGUAAGGAGCCUAACAGCAGAACUGUUCGAGACGAUGAUCAGAUCUGUACCACGGAAUACUCACGGAUCGUCCCAUUAGAAAACGGCGAGAUCUUCGUGUCUCUCGUGAACGGUCGUCCCGGAUCGAAGAACUUUGCCUACUCUCCAGCUCUGCAGGAAUUCACAAAGGCCACAAACAUCCGCCUGCGCUUUUUACGCACCAACACACUGCUGGGGCAUCUGAUCUCCAAGGCUCAGCGUGACCCCACUGUGACACGCAGGUACUAUUACAGCAUUAAAGACAUCAGUGUCGGUGGACGAUGUGUGUGUCACGGCCAUGCCCAUUCAUGCGGAAUGCGAGUGCCAGGCCGCCAAGAUCAACUUCAGUGCGAGUGUCAGCACAACACCUGCGGUGAGUCAUGUGAUCGCUGUUGCCCUGGAUACCACCAGAAGGCGUGGCGUGCGGCGAUGGCCGACAGUCCCAAUGAGUGCGAGCCUUGCCAAUGCCAUUCGCAUGCCACUGACUGUUAUUAUGAUGCUGAAGUGGAGCGCAGGAGAGCGAGUUUGAACAUACACGGCAGGUACGACGGCGGCGGCGUGUGCAUUAAAUGCCAGCAUAACACAGCUGGGGUGAAUUGUGAAGUGUGUGCUGAGGGCUACUACAGGCCACAUGGCGUCCCUCGAGAGUCUCCUACAGGCUGCAUACCUUGCCGGUGUAACGAAAGGACUACAAGCGGCUGUGAGAUGGGUUCAGGACGGUGUCUGUGCAAACCCCAGUACAGCGGAGACCACUGCGAUCGCUGUGCCUUAGGCUACCAUGGUUACCCACAAUGCACUGCGUAUAUAGAUCACCUGAUUAAGACUCCUGCACCGCCAACUGGCAAUGUUGUUGAUUGUCCUGUGGGGUUUUUUGGCGCACCGAACUGUCAGCCGUGUGUGUGUGAACGAGGCGGUACAGUCCCAGAGAUCUGCACUGUGUCUGGACGCUGUUUAUGCCGUCCUGAGGUUACAGGCCAGAGAUGUGACCGCUGUCGUCCGGGCCGUUAUUCCUUCCCGUACUGCCACCCGUGCCGGUGUAAUGGGCGUGGGGUGGCCGAUCAGCUGUGUGAACCGAAUGGUCAGUGUCACUGUCAACCCAACUACAUCGGCCUACAGUGUGAGGAAUGCGCCGCAGGAUACUACGCAUACCCGACAUGCUCCUCAUGCCAUUGUUCAAGAGAAGGCUCUCUUGAUGGGUCAUGUGACCCAAAGACGGGUCAGUGCAUGUGUAAUCCUGGCGUGACAGGACACCUGUGUGACCGCUGCGCUGAACCCGACCAAACCUUUCCUGAUUGCUUUGACCUCUCCAGCUCCUGCAAUCCUGCAGGGUCAGACGUUGGCACGAAGGAUCCAUUAAUGGAUGCGUGUAUCUGCCUGCCGUAUGUAGAGGGACCUGAAUGUGAACGCUGCAAACCGCUUUACUGGAACCUGGAUCCUGAAAACCCAGCUGGCUGUGUUGAGUGCAUGUGUGAUGUUAAAGGGACUCAGAGUGGUGUGGGUGAAUGUCAUGAGGAAAGUGGUGAAUGUUCCUGCAAGCCAAACAUUUGCAGCCACGCCUGUGAUGCCUGUGAUGACGGCUACUUCCUGUUGCAGGAGAAAAACUAUUUUGGCUGCCAGGGCUGCCAGUGUGAAUUGGGCGGGGCUGUAGGGCGCAGCUGUGACGCGCUGACUGGUCAAUGCCAGUGCAGGAAGCACAUGCGCGGCCGAACGUGCUCUGAGCCAGAGCCCAACUUCUACAUCCCUGACCUCCAUCAUCUAAAGUUUGAGGCGGAGAAUGGCAUCACACCCAAUGCCCGGGCCGUGCGCUUCGGCUACGACUCAAACGAGUUCCCAGAAUUCAGCUGGAGAGGCUACGCUACACUCUCACGUGCACAGAGUGAAGUGUGUGUGAGUGUGCAUGCCAAUGAGACACACCCUCCUCACUUCCUCAUGCUGCUGCGCUACGCUAACCCUAAUGGAGCCCACGUGAGUGGCCGAGUCACCGUCACCCGCACCCGGGGCACACCAGGGUCUGGAGACAGUAAAGAGGUGUUGUUUCCUCCCAGCCGCUCUCCUGCCUUCCUCACCGUUCCUGGAGACGGAUUCGCCCAGCCUUUCACUCUCAGCACCGGGAAAUGGAUCGUGUGUGUGCAGGCUGAGGGAAUCCUACUGGACUACUUGGUGCUGCUGCCCAGUGCAUAUUAUGAAGCUCAGAUUCUGCAGCAGGAGAUCACAGAGCCGUGUACUUACAAGUCCAGAGAUGGCAACUGUCUCCUCUACAAGCAUGUGCCGUUGGACAGGUUCCCGUCAGCGUUGGCGUCUCAGGGGCUCAGCUCUACCCAGAGACACAGGCGCAUACGACAGCGCACUGCCGACCGUCCCAAGCUGGUGUCUGUCAACGGCAGACAGCUGCGACUGACGCUGCACAUCCCGGAGUCUGGUUCACACGUCCUGGUUCUGGAAUACGCCAACGAAGCGGAUGCUAUCCAGAAUGUUACUGUGUAUAUCGGUGGACAUGCACAGGCCCGGGUUCAAACCAGAGCUAACAUCUACAGCUGUGCUUAUAGUUUCUUCUGUCGCUCUUUGGUGGUGGAUGAACAAAACCGCAUCGCUCACUUUCUGCUUCCCCCCAAGGCUGAGAUUCUUCUCCAGUCCCCCACACGCUCAGUCCUGCUGUAUCGAGUGUACGCCAUCCCUUCUGAUGAGUUCACCAUGGAGCUCAUCCAGCCCACGGUGCUGUGCAUCUCGCACCACGGCCGAUUCACAGAGGACAGUAAGCACUGUGUCCAGAGUCAGUUCCACACACCUCCCACAGCACUCACUUUAGAUGAAUCGACUGUGACCCGGCCGUCCAGAUACAGUGCUCAAGCUUCAGGACGGUGUGAUGGACCUUUGCUCAAAUCACCUCAGACUGAAGUGGAACUGAAAGCACAGGUACCUCAGACAGGUCGCUACGUAUUCAUGGUGCACUACUGUCAGCCUGAACAUACUACAUUCCCUGUAGAGGUGCUGCUGGACUCAGGGGAGACAUGGACAGGACAUGUGAACGCCUCCUUCUGUCCCUCCGUGUCCGGCUGCAGGAGUGUGGUUAUAGCAGAGAGACGCAUCGCUCUUGACGUCCUCCAGCAGACUCUGUCCAUCACUUUGAAGAUCCCAAAGGGAAAAACCCUCACUCUGGAUUCAGUGCUGGUGAUUCCUGAGGACAGCUACAGCCCUGAACUUCUUACUCCUAAAGCUCUGGAUAAGGCUUUGGAUUUCAUCAAUCAGUGUGGAGCUCAUGGAUUUCACAUCGACUUCCACAGUGCCUCGGAGUUCUGUAAGAGUUCAGCUCGGUCCCUGGUCACUCAUUACCUGGACGGCGCUCUGCCUUGCUCUUGUGAUAAAGCAGGAUCAACCAGUCAUACUUGUGAGCCAAUAGGAGGCCAGUGUCUCUGCAGGCGUCAUGUGAUCGGGCGCCAGUGCUCGCGCUGUGCCACAGGGUUCUACGGCUUCCCGUACUGCAGACCGUGUGAGUGUGGCCGGCGGCUGUGUGACGAGGUCACCGGACAGUGUAUUUGUCCUCCGCAGACGGUGCGUCCUUCGUGUGACGUGUGUCAGAGUGAGACGUUUAGCUAUCACCCGCUGCUGGGCUGCGAAAACUGCGACUGUUCACCAACUGGAAUCCAGAAAGGAGACACGGGCCAGUGCAACGUCACCACCGGCCAGUGCACUUGUAAACCCAGGAUAGGUGGGCGGCAGUGCUCCCAGUGUGUCGCCGGUUAUUACCGUUUCCCCGACUGUGUGGCGUGUUCGUGUAACACCGGAGGAGUGACAGCACAGAUCUGCGACCCCAACACCGGACGCUGCCUCUGCAAGAGUAACGUGAAGGGGUCACGGUGUAACACGUGCCAUAAGGGUUCGUUUCAUUUUGACCCGAGCAACCCGAAAGGAUGUACGGAGUGCUUCUGCUUCAGUGUGACGGACCAAUGCCACAGCUCCAAAAAACGCAGGGGGAAGUUUGUGGACAUGCGCUCAUGGCGCAUGGUGACAGAUGAUCAGAACGAGGUGGCGAGUGUGUUAAACCCGCUCAGUGAUACGGUGGUGGCUGAUGUUCAGGAGCUUCCUGCGUCCGUGCUCCAGCUCCACUGGGUUCUGCCUCAGUCGUACCUCGGAGACAGGGUUUCAUCGUACGGGGGCUUCCUUACCUAUCAGGUCAAAUCGUUUGGCCUCCCACGUGAAGGGAUGGUCCUCCUAGAUAAACAGCCUGAUGUUAUUCUCAAGGGAGAAAAAAUGACGGUGGUUUAUCAGGACCCUCAGUCACCUUUGCCAGACAAGGUUUAUCAGGGUCGUGUGCAGCUAGUCGAGGGCAGCUUCCGCCACAGUGGGACGAACAGACCCGUGUCACGAGCGGAGCUGAUGAGAGUGUUGGCGCGACUGGAGGCCGUGUGGAUCCGAGCACUCUACUUCACACACACUCAGAGACUCAGCGUGGGCGAGGUGGGCCUGGAGGAGGCCAGCAAGGUGGGCACUGGGGCACCAGCGGGCACUGUGGAGGUCUGCUCCUGCCCACCAGAGUACACCGGCGACUCCUGUCAGAGAUGUUCUCGUGGUUACUAUAGAGACGGAAAUGGCCGCUGCGUUUCCUGUGUGUGUAAUGGACGUUCAAAGGAUUGUGACGAGAGGACAGGCAGAUGUCUGAACUGCCAGGAAAACACAGCUGGAGAUCACUGCGAGCGCUGUAAAGAUGGAUACUAUGGCAGCGCCGCUCUGGGAACCUGCACCAUCUGCCCCUGUCCACUUCGCCUGGAGAGCAACAAUUUUGCUGUGGGCUGCAGUGAGGUAUCUGGAAGAAUUCAGUGUCAGUGUAAGCCGGGAUACGCAGGAGAAAAGUGUGAGAGGUGUGCUCCUGGAUAUUUCGGCAGACCUGAGCAGUACGGAGGCAGCUGCCAGCCGUGUAACUGUAACGGGAACUCCUGCUCGCCCACCACUGGAGUGUGCAAUUACAUCCAGGACCCUAAAGACACGAACUCUGCAGAAGGAUGUACAGAAUGUGACAGCUGCGGUCAGACCUUACUAAAAGAUCUGGAGAAGCUCGAUGAUGAACUAGUGCAGCUCAAGGUGCAGCUGGAUUCCAUCAACUCCAGCUCCGAGGCUCAUCAGCGUCUAAAAGAGCUCGAGAAAGCCAUCGCUGAAGCCAAGAACAUGGUGAAAACAUACACUUCUGAUGUACAAAAGCUGAAGCCUAAAGUGACCGAGCUGGAGCGAGACGUACGCACUCUGACUCUAGACAUUAACAAGCUGAAACAGGAGGCUGAGAAGAAAUCAGAUGAUGCCCAGAAGGCGGUUAAAGAUGUAGAGAACACUCACCAAAAAGCAAAAGAUCUCAACAACCAGAUGCUGGACAUGCUCAAGAAAAUCCAAGAGCUCCUGAAGGAGCUGAGCAAUCCGUCACUGGGAGGCAGCGGUCUUCCCUUAGAAGGCGCAGACAAACUGCUGAAGGAGGCCGAGCGGCUGGUGCAGGUGAUGCAGGACAGGAGCUUCAAACCUCAGAAGGAUGCAGCGGAGAAGGAACUGGACGAGGCAAAGAAACUCCUAGAUUACAUCAAGAACAACUGCACGAAGCAGCUGAAUCAGAACCAGGAAGCAGCUGAGAGAAUCAGGGGACAUCUGAAUGAUUAUGAAAAAAAGCUAAAGGAGCUGGAGGAGGCUCUGAAGGAAGCGAAGGAUACGGUGCAGAGAGCCAACACGCAGAACACACACAACGCUCAGAACCUCAACGAUCAGCUGAAACGCAUCAACAGUUUGGAGAAAGAGAAGGACAACGUGGAGAACGACAUCACCGUGGCGAAGCAGCAGUUAAAGGAUGUUGAGGAUCUGCUGAAGAUGCUCAGUGACAGCAAGAAGGAGUAUGAGAAGAUGGCUGCAGAGCUGGACGGAGCGAAGACGGAGCUGACGGAGCGAGUAAACAACAUCUCUCAGAUGGCGGCUCUGGCGGGGCUGGUGAAGGACGCCGAGGAUCACGCCGCUUUCCUCAACAAGCAGGCGAAUGAACUCCAGGAUGCCAUAAAGAACUCGAGCGGCCGAGCUGACGUGAAAGAUGCCCUUGCCGCCAUCGACGCCUACAAAAACAUCACUGAGGCCAUCCAGGCAGCCGAGGAGGCAGCAAAGAAAGCCAAGGAGGCUGCUGACAAGGCAUUCAACGACGUCAUUAAUGGUAAUGUAAGCAACAGGGCAAAGGAUCUGAAAGACCAAGGCAAAUCACUCCACAAACAAGCUACAAAAGCUGAGAAAGAUCUGGAAAAGCUAGGAGAUGACCUGAAGGAUCAGCAGGAACGUCUGGACGACGCUGCAAAGAAAAAAACCCAGCUGGAGAAAGAUCUGCGUGACAUCAACGAUGAUCUGAACAACAUCCAGAGAGGUGACAUUGGUACGAUGAUCGACAUUGCCAAGAAAACAGCACAAGCAGCGAACGCCUCAGCCAGCGACACGAUGAACAAGCUGAAGGACAUAAACGCAGAAAUCGAUGCUAUUAAAGCGCUAAACGCGAGCGGAUUGCCAGACCAGGCCAACAUCAACCGCAUGCUCAAUGACGUGGACAUGGCAGUGAAAAACCUGAGCAACUCGAUCCCAUCACUGCUGGAUAAAUUCACUGAGGUGGAGAAGCUGAGUUCGGAAAUCGACCCCAACAACAACAUAUCCUACAACAUCAUGCGCAUUAAAGAGCUGAUCGAGCAAGCACGCAGCGCCGCUAACAGGGUUCCUCUGCCCAUGAAAUUCACUGGUGUGGAACAUGUGGAGCUGCGACUCCCCCGAACCCUGGACGAUCUGCGAGCCUACAUGUCAAUGAGUCUCCUCCUGCAGCGUUUUGAACCGCCUGUUCGAGGGGACGGCAGCCGUCGCCGUCGCCAGAGCAUCAAAGACGACGGCAAUCUGUUCAUUCUCUAUCUUGGCAACAAGGACGCGACUAAAGACUACAUCGGCAUGUUCCUGAAAAACAACGUCCUCCAUUUCGUUUACAAGCUAAACGGAAAAGUGACUGAGAUCAAGUCGACGGACAUCACGCUGUCGAGUGAGGAUCGGAUCUUCUUCGAUAAAGUGGAUGUGCAAAGGAUUUACGAAGACGCCCAGGUCAAUCUCACAAAGUUAUUCACGACAAAUAAGCCAGACGAAGAAAUCACAAGCUCUGCGCAGGGAGACGCGCUUCAAAACCUGCUGGACCUCCAUCCCAGUGACACGGUGUUCUACGUCGGUGGUUACCCGGACAACUUCACUCCUCCACAGCCUCUUAAUUAUCCCAAAUACAAGGGCUGUAUCGAGUUCAACACAUUUAACGAGAAGUUUAUAAGUCUGUACAACUUUAAGUCCCUGGGACCUGAGAACGUCACCUUAAAAUCACCGUGUAAGAGAUACAUCCGGCCAGGAGAGGGCGAUUACCUGGAAGGCACGGGUUAUAUUCAGGUGCAGCUCGAGAAGGUGCCCAGGGUGCUGGGAAUCUUGCAGAAGAUGGAGACUCGCGCUCAGAACGGCAUCAUCCUGUUCAUCAGCAACCAGACCUCAUACACCCUCCUCGCUCUUGAGGAUCAAUACGUGGUGCUGAGUAGCCGAGUCGGAGACGAGCAGAUAAAGACCAUCAAGAGCGCCGGGCCAGAGGAUUUGAAUGGGCAGCUCAAGGUGUUCUUUGACAGUAUAAAAAAUACUGUGGUGGUCCGGAUAAACAACAAGAACUUGUUGAACGGUUCAUACCAUACUGAUAAUUUUGACAGCUAUUUCAUCGGUGGCAUACCGUCAGACCUGAGAAAGAGAUACAACAUCACGACGCCACCACUGAGGGGCUAUGUGAAGGAGUUGUCCGCUGGUGGAAAAACGCCGUCUAUACUGAAUAAAAUGGGUGUUGGCCAAAGCUAUAGCAACAAGAUGCUGGCAUUGAGGAAGGCAGAGUUCAGCAUGGGCAGUUCACUGGACUCUUCACCCACAGGCUUCAGUCUGAAUGGAGCGUUGACACUCUCGCUCGGAUUCAAGAGCACCGAGAACAACGGCAUUCUGCUGCAGAACAAACAGGAUAACAAAGACAUUGGGCUCUCGAUGGUGAACGGAUAUGUGGUACUAAAGUACCAGAACAGCGUUUGGAAAUCUAACAAACAGUACCAAGAUGGAGAAUGGCAUUAUGUUACUGUCACCAACAGCGCUGGAAACCUGGAGCUCCGAAUUGACGAAGACGACAAAGGAAAGGCUAUCUCAGAGUCUCCCGAGUUCAACUUCCAGUUCAAUAAUAUCACUCUGGGCAUGGGCUCCUUUACAGGCUGCAUGUCCAACGUCUACCUGAGAAGGUCUGACGCUUUGUACCACCCGGAGGACUUGAGUGGUUUUAACCGGAUUGGAAACGUGGUCCUGGAUACGUGCACAUCCGAGCAUCAGCCUGAGAACCUGUGGGCCAACCAGAAGAAGGAUGGCAAAGAAGAGAUGAAGGAUGACGGGGUCUCAAGCUGCUUCCUCCCGUCUCCGAUCCCACAUUCCUUUCACCUUGCAGGUGCUUCCAGCAGUCUGAGCUACACUUUGCCCUCUAGAGAUCUCACACACAGGCCCUAUUUUUCAUUAGAUGUCCGGACAAAGUCGGCAGAGGGUCUGCUGUUCUACAUUCCUGCUGAGCAGGAGAAGUACCACCUGGCUCUUUAUGUGUCUAAGGGAAGAAUCCGCUUGUCGGUUGGCCGUCAGAGGGAAAUCUUUAACAGGGAGAAGUACAAUGAUGGAAAGUGGCACACGGUAACACUGGGCCUGGAGAAGCGCAGGUUUCGCCUGGUGAUUGACGGUCUGAGGGCUCAGGACGGCGUGUUCAAUCCAGGAGAGAGCUCAUCCAUCCAGCUGAGUACAGCUGUUUACCUUGGCAGCCCUCCAUCACACACACAUGUUGAUCUAAAGUGGAAGAUUUUGCCGGUGCAUGGCAUGGUCGGGUGUGUCCGCAAUUUCAGGAUGAACGGCUCACUGAUGGCAGCACCAGCCUUGAAUCGUGGUGUGGGUCAGUGUUUUGAGGGGCAGAUGGAAAGCGGGGCAUAUUUCUCAGGGCAGGGAGCUCACAUCAUCAUUAAUGGAUCAUUUGUAGUGAGCCGGAAGUUUGAGCUUGUGUUCGAGUUGCGUCCCAGUAAUCAGAGCGGCCUCCUGUUGCAUGUCGGAAACUCCGACCAUCAUCUCACCGUGUUCAUGAGGAAAGGAGAGGUGGUGGCUCAGGUGAAUAACGGUGGAGGGAGAUUCAAUGUGUCCGUUCAGCCAAAUCAGUCUCUGUGUGAUGGCAUGUUCCACAGAAUAGCAGUCAUCCAGAGGAACAAUGUGGUCGAGAUGCACGUGGACACAGAGGGCCAGUAUACCAUCGGCCCGAGCUCAUCUUCUCCAACCAAGGACCGAUUUCCUGUUUACGUGGGCAGUGUUCCAGAUCCUCGAAGGCUCUCAUUCCUCCCGAUUACAGAAUCCUACAUUGGAUGUCUCCAAAACAUGGUCUUUAACAGCAACGUGGUGGUGUUUGAGAAGCUCUCGGCAGUGUUCGGACCUGUAAACUUGCGAGAGUGUCCAGCUCACUUGAGAGCACCUUCUCCACAAUGAAGUCAUUUCCACUGUUGUAGGAUUAUAUGAGUAAAUUGAAGACCAGAAAUCAAGAGUAAUCAUGGUGUUAUGUCAGUGUUUCCCAUCUGUCAUUUCCGUCCUGUAGCUUUGUUUUCACUCUUAGAUACAAAAGUCACAUCCUUGCCACGUAUUUAAACAGAUGUAAAGCAAAACAGUUCAGUUCCAAGAAGCUGUCCGAUGAGAUUUGUCUGAACACCAAGCUCUACACUGCCUGACCAAAAAAUAAAUAAAUAAAUAAAUAAAUAAAUAAAUCACUAUUUGGAUUUAAAUAAGCAAGCACUUAAGUAGCUUCUCAUUUCUUCAACAAACACAUCAGAAGACGUAUCCCAUGUGCUCAUGGAAAAGAUGUUCUUGUGUUUCAGAAGAGUCAAAUUAUUGGCCUGCAUCAAGCAAAGAAAACACCGAAGGAGAUUUGAGCUGAAAUGACUGGAAUUGGGUUAAGAACUGUCCAACAUAUUAUUAAAACCUGGAAGGAUCAUGGUGAACCAUCAACUUCAUGAAAAAAAAAAUGUGGUCAGAAAAAGAUCCUGACUGACUAUGAUCAGAGAUCACAAACACUUGGUGAAGUCAAAUCAUAAAAAAAUGGACAGUAGAACUCACGGCUGUGUUUAAUAGUGAAAUUAAGAUCAUUUCCACACUCACAAUGUGACGAGAACUCACAGGAUUGGGACUAAACAGCUGUGUGUCCAGAAGAAAACCACUUGUUAGUGAGACUAAUCAGGAGAAAAGGCUUCAAUUUGCGAGGGAGUAUAAAGAUCGGUCUUUGGAGCAAUGGGAAAUGGUGGUGUGGUCUGAUGAGUCCAGACUGACCCUAUUCUUGAGUGAUGGGCGUGUCAGGGUAAGAAGGGAAGCACAUGAAGCGAUAAACCCAUAAUGCAUAGUAGCCACUGUACAAGCCUCUGGAGGUCGUGUUAUGAUCUGGGGUUGAUUCAGUUGGCCAGUUGCUCAGCAAUGUUACGGGGCAAUAAAAUGAAGUCAGCUGAUAACCUGAAUGGACUGAAUGACCAGGUUCUCAUCACAUCAAUGGGGUUUUUCUUCCCUGAUGGCUCUGAUUGUGAAUGAGUGGUUCAGGAAGCAUGAGGAAUCCUCUUCACACAGAGUCCCGACCUUAACCCCAUUGAGAAUCUUUGGGUUGCUGGAGAAGACUUUGGUUCAACUCUCCCUUCAUCAAGACAAGAUCUCAGUGAAAAAUUAAUACAACUCUGGACUGAAAUAAAUGUUGUGAUGUUCUUGAAACAAUGCAAUCAAGGCUUAAGGUGGCCCAACCAAAUAUUAGUGCGCUUGAAAUUUUUUUUUUUUGGCAGGGCAGUGUGUAUGUAUCUUCUAACUGAAUGAAUUUACUUCUUGACCACCUGAAGCAUUAUACUGCCUAUUUAUUUACCAGCUGGUCUCAUUUGCACAUUAUUUAUACUCACAAUAGCUAUUUAAGUCUUUUAUGAUAAGUGAAAUGGAGGUAUUGUACUGUAACUUUGACCAUUGUAAUGUUUACCAUCUGAUUUAC